AUGACUCUUGUCUCCCUCACAGUUGUAUUUGUUCUUGCAUAUUUCGCUACAUUGGGAUAUGCAUCCGAUCCCAGUCCUCUCCAAGAUUUCUGCGUUGCUGUUAAGGAUGCCGACGCUGCUGUUUUUGUGAAUGGGAAGAUUUGCAAGAACCCUGACCUGGUUGUGGCCGAAGAUUUCAUUUACCGGGGACUGAAUAAACCCGGAAAUACGUCAAAUCCAAUUGGAUCAAGGGUCACUCCUGUCAAUGUCAACCAACUACCUGGGCUGAACACUUUGGGCAUUUCUGCUGUACGUAUAGACUAUGCACCAAACGGUCUAAACCCACCCCACACUCACCCACGUGCCACCGAGAUUCUUGUGGUGUUGGAAGGCACUCUUUAUGUUGGCUUUGUCACUUCAAAUCCAGCUAAUCCCGCUAUUAAAAACAAGCUUUUCACUAAGUAUUUGUACCCUGGGGACGUUUUUGUCUUUCCAGAGGGUUUGAUACAUUUCCAAUUUAAUGUGGGAAAGACCAACGCGGUUGCCUUUGCUGCUCUGAGCAGCCAAAAUCCAGGUGUCAUUACUGUUGCGAACGCGGUGUUUGGUUCGGAUCCACCAAUUAAUCCAGCCGUUCUGACAAAGGCAUUCCAGGUCGAGAAGAACGUGAUCGACUAUCUUCAAGCACAGUUCUGGUGGAACAUUGAUUAAAUACAAAGUUGAUCAUCAUAUAUAAGAAUCUUGUUAAUC